AUGUCUUUCAUCGAUGAAUUUCAAUCCAAUUUGGAAGCAUUACCAAAUACUUUGCAAAGGAAGUACUCAUUGUUGCACGAUUUGGAUAAAAGUUUACAAGAAAUCCAGCGACAAAAUGAACAACGCUGUGAGCAGGAAAUAGAUGAUAUGAAGCGUGGUAUUAAGUCUGGUAACAUUACACCAAAUUCGUCACUUCUAAAAUUCUCAGAUGACGCUCUGGAUGAGCAGAAACAUGCCAUCAGGAUUGCUGACGAGAAAGUUGCAUUGGCUAUUCAGGCUUAUGAUUUGGUAGAUUCUCAUAUUCAGCAGCUUGAUCAAUAUCUGAAAAAAAUUGAUGAAGAUCAACGGCGGGAAAGAGAAAAUGUGGCAGCAACUGGAUCAGCCUCCACAGCUCCCGAUCAUAUAAUGAAAGCUGGAAAGGCUGGUGAGAGUAGCAACAGAGGGCGUAAAAAGACUCGUCUUACUACAGCUACAGCUACAGCAGCAACACCAACAACGAAUACAACUAGUAUGGAGCUAGAUCUUCCUGUUGAUCCCAAUGAACCAACAUAUUGUUUCUGCAACCAAGUGAGCUAUGGAGAAAUGGUUGCUUGCGAUAAUCCUGAUUGCAAGAUAGAAUGGUUCCACUAUGGCUGUGUUGGUCUGAAAGAACAACCCAAGGGCAAAUGGUACUGUUCAGAUUGUGCUGGAAAGCGAAAACGUAGGAAAGGCAGAUGA